UUCCGUUUCACCUAGCUAAGUUUACUUCCACGACUCGAGAGGCACAAACUUUUCAAAAAUGGCCGGGGCAAUUAUUGAAAAUAUGAGCACGAAAAAGUUGGUGAUUGUGGGAAUUAUUCUUCUUUUAUUCCAAGUAUUUUCCUUUAUGGUCGGUGGAUUGAUUGCUCCCAGUCCUACCUCUGCUGUCCACUAUUUGGCUGCUAAAUGUGUGGACUCUGUGAAGAGUCAUCAGCCCAAAAAAUGGUUCAUGCCCUGGGGCCCCAACCAGUGUGAGAAGAUCCGGACCUUUGAUGAGGCCAUGGCUCGGAGGAUUGAAGCCAAUAACAUUGUCUUUGCCGUCCACAUCCCUCUUCCCCAAAAAGAGAUGAGUCCCUGGUUUCAGUUUAUGCUGGUGAUCCUCCAGUUUGAUAUUGCCUUCAAAAUGUAUAACCAGAUCGAGGAUGGGGCUAUGGUUACCAUAGAUGUUGGCUUGGCUUACAGAGAUGACACAGUGAGUGAAUGGACUGAGAUGGCUCAUUCUGUGGAACAGAGGAAGCUCAACUGCAAUUUCACCACAGCCAAGACUUUUGAGAAUGAGGGACGUUAUUAUGAGUGUGACCUGCUGCCCUUCAUGGAAGUGGGCAGCGUGGCACACAAGUACUACCUGCUCAACAUCCGCCUGCCGGUCAGUGAACGCAAGAAAGUGAACAUCGGUAUUGGAGAGGUCAAGGACAUUCGGCUGGUGGGUAUCCACCAGAACGGUGGCUUUACCAAGGUGUGGUUUGCCAUGAAGACCUUCCUCACUCCAAGCAUCCUCAUCAUCAUGAUAUGGUACUGGAGGAGAAUCACCCUGAUGACCAGACCUCCUGUGCUGCUGGAAAAGGUGAUCUUUGCUUUGGGAAUCUCCAUGACUUUCAUCAAUAUUCCAGUGGAAUGGUUCUCAGUGGGUUUCAACUGGACCUGGAUGCUGCUGUUUGGGGACAUCCGUCAGGGAAUCUUCUAUGCCAUGCUUCUGUCAUUCUGGAUCAUCUUCUGUGGAGAACAUCUCAUGGACCAAACUGAGAGGAAUCGUUUCUCUAUGUACUGGAAGCAAGUCGGCCCUAUUGUCUUUGGCUCCUUCUGCCUUUUCAUCUUUGAUAUGUGUGAGAGAGGGGUGCAGUUGACAAAUCCUUUCUACAGUAUUUGGGCUACGGAUGUUGGGACAGAACUAGCUAUGGCUUUCAUCAUAGUGGCUGGUAUCUGUGCCUGCCUCUACUUCCUCUUCCUGUGCUUCAUGGUUUUCCAAGUAUUCCGAAACAUCAGUGGGAAGAGAUCAGCUCUGCCUGCCAUGACCAAAGCCCGCCGACUUCAUUAUGAGGGCCUCAUCUUCCGGUUUAAGUUCCUGAUGUUGGUUACGUUGGCUUGUGCUGCCAUGACUGUAAUUUUUUUCAUCAUCAGCCAGGUGAAUGAGGGCCAUUGGCACUGGGGAGACUACACGGUGCAAGUGAACAGUGCUUUCUUCACUGGGAUCUAUGGCAUGUGGAACCUAUACGUGUUUGCCAUCAUGUUCCUGUAUGCACCGUCACACAAACGUUAUGGAGAUGAGCAUUCCAGCGGUGACCAAGGAGCCAACAGUGGAGAAGACAUUCAGCUGACUACCACUAUUACCCAUGUGGAUGGUCCUACAGAGAUCUUCAAAAUGACUGGAAAAACGUCGCAAGAGUAGCCUCAACGCCUGCCCCGACCAUCCCUGAACCCAUCAAACUCACGGUCUUCCUUCUGCUUGCAUCCCUGUAGUGUUCCAACAUGCUCAAAUGGUACCUACCCAUCAUUACAAUCACAGACUCCUUCUUGCAAACUCUGCCUCGUACCAACUUAUUUAGGGCGCUCAAGUUGAGGUCACCACGGCUGUACUUUGCUACUGGAGGUCGUUCUAGGAGAAACGGCCUUUGGUUGGACAUAUGAAUGAACUAGCACGACACCUGGUGGACAGUUGAAGGUGCUAGAAAUUUUAACUUGCACUGAUGGCUUUCAAUGCGCCGUUUUAUGGCUUUACUGGUCCAUGCAAUCAAAGGGAGCACUACCAAGUACUUUGCAAUUCUGAGGAGAAAUACAUACAAGAGGACAGUAUUGUCUUACAGUUAGUGUUUGACAUUUGCCUGCCUUCAGCAUUUCAUCAAAUUUGAGUGACCUUUCUAGUCAGUAGAGGUAUUUCAAUAUGUGUACAUCUUGCACAGUGUUUCUAAUUUUGUUGAAGAUCUAGUUGAAUUUACUAUAGCUGUGUCCAUGUUUUUCAUUUGUGGUAUUACAACACUGGCUUCCUUUCACUGUUCCAGUUCUCACUUCCUGAAACACUCCCUUUCAAAAGUAAACUCAUAACAUUGUAAACGACCAAGUUUUUCCUGAUUUCAGCCAUUUGUCACCAAGAUGGUAUAAGAGAUCUGUGUUGUUGGACUGAAGAAACGCAUGGUCCACUGGGCUUGAAUUGCCAACACUGAUAUGGUGUAGAUAUAUAUUUUUAUAAAGUGCUUAUAUUCAACUGUAUGGAAUACAUUCAUUAGUUGUAUAACUGUCUAUACACAAUAUCUUGAGGUUUUCAGAACAGCUAUCACAUGUGGAUAUUUAGUUUUUCUCCAUGCUUUUUUUAUGCUAAUUUAAAUAAAACUUGUAC